AUGAUUUUUAAGCAUGUGAUAAGUUUAGGGAGGAACUUCGUGAAUUUGGAUUUGGGCUAUCAUAUCAAACCGUCUCUGACUACCAUAACACAGAAGGCUAAUUUGUAUACCCAUGUUGUUAGAUGCUUAGCAUCAUCAAUUUCAAACCUACAACAGAAAGAAAAUGUUGGUGGGCAGCUGAUAAAGAAAGCCCCCAGAGGGCCCUACAUGAUUUUCUCAAAUGACAAAAUGUCUGAACUUCGAUCAGCAAAUCCUGGAUUAAAGAUACCAGAACUUGGCAAGAUGGUUGGUAAAAUGUGGAGAGAAAUGCCUGAAAAUGACAAAAUGCUCUACAAGGAAAAGUUUUUAAUUGAAAAAGAGAAGUUUCAGGAAAUGAUGAAGAAAUUGUCUGAUGAUGAGAGGAAACAAAUAAAAGACGAGAAGAAGGAAAAAAGAGUGCAGAAGCAUGCCAGGAAAAUAAAAAAUAUGAAAAAAAAAUUAGGAAAGCCCAAGCCCAGUGACACCAAUCCUUACAUCUUAUUUGCAAAAUCUAAAAUGCUUGAAAGAGGAGAUGCCAACUUAAAUAUGUAUGUUCAAGGGGUUUCUGACUUUUGGAAAAAAAUGCCAGAGGAAGACAAGCAACCUUUCAUAGAACAAGCCAAAAAGAACAGUUUGAAAUACAGAAAAGAGUUGGCUGAGUGGGAGAAGGAAAUGGUGGCAUCAGGUCAUGAAGAUCUUAUUUCAAAGUCCAAGUUGAAGGUCAUAGCAAGGAGAACUAGUUCCAAAAUGAUCAAGACCAAGAAAGGAGCUUCAAAAAGUCCAAUUAAGAAAUUAGCACCGAAAAAAGCCACAAGGAAGAGAGGCAGCAAGUCAGCACCAGUUUCAAAAGCUGCUGCUGCUGCCGCUAAAACAAGCACAUCUGUAAAAACAACUUCAAAAAAUGUAGCAAAAAGUUCAGCUAAGGAAACGGGAAAUAAUGAAAAAGUGAGCCCUUCUCAAAGUAAACCUAACAAAUCUCAGAAGAAAACUUCACCUACUAAACCCAAAGUUUCGUAA